GCUACUAGCGACAGCUACGUGGAACACGUGUAGUACACGCCACUUUUUCUCGUCGCGCGAAACAAUCAAGAAGUAACAAUCAAAAAUGGUACAAUUCGAGGGUAAAUUUCAAUUUGUUUCACAAAACAAUUUCGAAGAAUUCGCAAAAGUUCUGGGUGACCAGAAUCUAGUCAAUACGGUCUUACAACCGAGGCCCUCGUUCGAAUUAUCGAAGAACGGAGACGAAUGGACCUUCACUUCUAGCAGUGGAGAUAAUACCUACACCAAGACUUUUAAGAUGAAUGUACCAUUCGAGGAGACAUUGCCAUCUCUUCCUGAUCGCAAAUUUCAGACCGUUACAUCUAUAGAAGGUAACACAUUCAAAACGGAAACACAAGUAAACGAUUCGCUCAAAGUCAACCGAUUAUACGAAUUUUCAGAUAAUGAAUUAUUAGUGCAUAUAAGUACAAACAAGAGCGACGUCAAGGCAACACGUGUAUACAAGAGGGUUUAAAUACAAAAAUAUUUAGAUAAAAAAAAAUAUAAAAAAAUUCAUUUAUCUUAACUGAAAAUAAAUCUUAAUUAGAAA